AACGUGUCAUUUUCUCGGCAAAAUAAAAGAAUAGGGAGAGAACCCAACAUUCAAUUCUCAUCUUUUAACCCAAUAUUAGGAAAGUUAAAAGAAAAUAGUCGAAAUUUGUAAUAUGAGAUCCAUUUCUGGAAAUAAGCUGCUAUCGUCGAGUAUGGAAUUGGAAACUUUGGAGGAGGAAGAAGAGGAGUACAGCUGGAGAGAAGUGAAGCUGCCAUCUCUGAUCCCAGUGGUUGCAGAGCCCGAACUCGAGAGGGAAACCGGCGAGAGAAGAAGAGGCCGAGAUAUCAUCAUAGCCGUCGAUCACGGACCCAAAAGCAAAUACGCCUUUGAUUGGGCCCUCAUCCAUCUUUGCAGGCUCGCCGAUACCAUUCAUCUCGUUCACGCCGUUUCCAGUGUGAAUAACGACGUCGUUUAUGAGGCAACGCAGCGGCUAAUGGAGAGACUUGCUGUUGAGGCAUUUGAAAUCGCUAUGGUUAAGACUGUGGCCCGGAUUGUGGAAGGAGAGCCUGGAAAGGUCAUUUGCAAGGAAGCAGCAAAGCUUAAGCCUGCAGCUGUGGUCAUGGGUACCAGAGGCAGAGGCUUGAUUCAGAGUGUUAUUCAGGGAAGCGUAAGCGAGUUUUGCUUCCACCAUUGCAAAUCAGCUCCAGUCAUAAUUGUUCCCGGCAAAGAAACUGGAGACGAGUCCUUGCUCUAGAAGAACUACAUGUCGUAUGUAAAAUAUCAAUGCAUGUCUAGUCGGUUUGUGUUUUUUUUUAUUAGAUUGUAUUUUUUAUGGGUUGUAAAGAAGAUAGAGAUUUGUUUUCACAAUCCAAUAUGGUGUCCAUUAUAUUUUGUCUCUCAAAUUUAAAUGUAUGAUUCGUUUUGUUUGUGAAUGAUACAUUAGUAGUCGAGUUAAUUAGUGA